CUCGUGAAUUAAAUUUGCUCGCGGAAUUGCUUCAUUUUAUCGGUUCUGUUUUGUUUCCUUGCAAAGUUAAAAAUAUUUCUCAGAAAUGUAUAUCAAAAUUAAGACGAUGGAUGGAAAGGAAUCGGUCAUGCUGACUGUCUCUAAGAUGUCAUUGAUAGACGAAGUUCGUCAACUUGUAAAAGAUAAACUUAAUGUUGAUCCGGCAUGCCAACGUCUCUUUUUUCGCGGAAAACAGAUGGAAGAUGGUUACCGUUUAAUUGAUUAUGGAAUCAACAUCAAUGAUGUAGUUCAGCUGAUGAUUCGAGCUAUUCCAAUUCCACAGCCUAUUAAAGAGGUGAGUGAAGAAAGUUCAGAAACUAAAGAAGCAACAGUUGACAAAAAGGAAGUAAAGAAAUCAGGGGAUGAGUCUCUCACUGAUGCAAUAUGUGAAUACUAUGAGGUUCAAGAUUUAGUUGAUGCUAAAGAUCCUUUUACCUCUUCAUGGGUUGAAGCAAAAAUUGUUCGCAUAGCUAAAAACAAAAAUGAAGAUGAGCAAUUGGAAUAUCAUGUUUUGUUUCAAGGACAUGAACGAGAAAUUCCACUCCCACGUAGUUUUCAGCAAAUCAGACCAAGAGCAGAAGAAUUGUGCUCAAAUGCAGAUUUGAAAAUAGGAGAAGUUGUGCUAGUGAAUUAUAACAUGGAAGAAAGCAAAGAAAGGGGGUUAUGGUAUGACGGAAAAUUAACAAAAGUCGACCUUCAAUCCCGAACAAAAAAGAAAAUUAUCGUGACAUUGAUUAUGGGAGAAGAAAAUGAAACUGAGGUCAACGAUUGUUCCAUUUAUUUCGUGAAAGAAAUCAUGCGAAUAUCCCACGUAAAAAAGCGGGGAGAACAAACUGCAGAAGAUACCCGGUUACUGAAAAAAGGCCCGGCCACCAAAAGAGAGAGCGCCCCAUACUGCCAUCACUGCAAUGAUAAUCCAAGACGCAAGUGCAAAUUUUGUGGGUGCCAUGAGUGUGGAAGUAAAGAAAAUCCUGAUCAGCAAAUCAUGUGCGACGAAUGCGAUCUACCUUAUCACCUUUACUGCCUUAAGCCACCUUUAACUUGUAUGCCAGACGAAUCCGAAGAAUGGUAUUGCCCGAAGUGCAAAACCGAUAGUAGUCAGAUUGUCAAAGCAGGAGAAAAACUCAAGGAAAGCAAGAAAAAAGCCAAGGCUCCGUCAAACCUAAACAAAAACACAACUCGUGACUGGGGCCGAGGAAUGGCCUGUGCUGGUCGAGCAAAAGAGUGCACAAUAGUCCCGUCAAAUCAUUUUGGACCUAUUCCAGGAGUCGAUGUGGGAACGACUUGGCGGUUUCGAUUUCAGGCAUCUGAAGCGGGUGUGCAUCGCCCACCUGUGGGAGGUAUUCAUGGUCGUGAGAAGGAAGGCGCUUACAGUAUCGUUCUUAGUGGUGGAUAUGAAGACGAUAUGGACAAUGGGGACUCUUUCUAUUAUACGGGAUCCGGUGGGCGAGAUUUGACAGGCAAUAAGAGAACUGCUGGACAGAGCUGUGAUCAAACACUUACUCGAAUGAAUUUGGCCUUGGCUCUCAACUGCAACGUCGCGGUGAAUGAAACAGAAGGUGCUGAAGCAAAGGACUGGCGAAAAGGUAAGCCGGUACGAGUACUUCGAAAAGGACAGGGCGAUGAAAAAUCACUGGCAAAAGGCCCAGGCAAGGGAAAAGGGAAAGCAGCAAAACAUUCAUCAUCUUAUGGUCCCGAAAUCGGUGUCCGGUAUGAUGGAAUUUAUAAAAUUGUCAAGUAUUGGCCAGAAAAAGGGAAAUCUGGGUUUCUUGUUUGGCGAUAUUUCUUACAGCGAGAUGAUCCAACUCCACCGGUCUGGACAGAUGAAGGAAAACAACGUAUCCAGCAGCUGGGGUUAGACCAUGUGAUUUAUCCUGAAGGACAUUUAGAAGCAAUGGAAGCCAAAGAACAAGAAAAAGAAAAGAACGGAGGAAAGAGAAAGUCUGUUGUCGAAUUGCUACAACAGAACAAAGAAAGUGCAACCGCUAAGAAAGCGAAAAAAGUCGGUUAUCAGCUAGAACCUGAAAUCGCUGAAUUAAUCGAAAAAGACACUUUGAAUCGUAAAUUGUGGGAUGAAUGCAAAGAAAGCUUGGACGACACAAAACACAAAUUUGUAUCAAAGGUCGAAGAGCGAUUUUUAUGCAUUUGCUGCCAAGACAUCGUGUGCAAACCAAUUACGACAAGUUGCACGCACAACAUUUGUCUCGCCUGUUUGCAAGGUUCCUUUCGUGCUAAAGUUUAUACUUGCCCUUGCUGUCGUCACGAACUAGGAAAGAAUAUGGCUAUGGAACCGAAUGAAGAUCUUUGCCGUGCUCUCAACGCUAUCUUCCCCGGGUAUGAAAAUGGUCGGUAAUUUUUGAAUCUAGGUUUUAGAAUGUUUUCUAGACUGGUUUUUAUGGCUGAGGCGAAAGCGCGCAUUCGGGUAAUACAAGCACUUUAUUUCGUCG